AUGGAAGUUAGGAGCAUUAAAAACUUUAUAAGAGAAAACAGGGAAAUAGUGCUGUUGAUAUGUGAUUUCUACGAAACAAAGCAUAUUCCUGAGGAGAUGACCAGCCUCAAGAAAAACUUGUCUUUGUUUCCUGUGGCAAACAUACCUAUGAUUGAGUAUGUACUAUCGAGUCUUUGCGAUCAGAAAUUUUUCAAUGUUGUUCUUGCUGGGAAUGACUGUGAAGAGGUUGUGGAGCAUGUCAAGAGGACUGAGCUUGAUGAGAGGAUGAACAUUAUAUCUCUUGGGUGUGAUGGGAAGUCUUUGGGGGAUCUAAUGAGGCAUAUUGAUGACAAUGGGUUUGAAUUUGAUGAACUGCUGGUCAUAUAUGCAAACCACUAUACAAAUUAUCCACUCCGGAGCAUAGUUAAUAAGCACCGGGAAGACAAGAGUUUUGUUAUGACUCUUUUUUUACAUCCCAACGAGAGCAACAGUAAGGUCUCGCACCUGUAUGGAUUCAAAGGUAGUGAGGUCAUUUUUUAUAACAAAUGUGUCAAUGAGAAGUAUGACAGCGAGAAGGUCAAGGGAGCAAUUGAAAGUGAUGGGACUGUCGAGUUUACAGCCAGUCUGUCAUCACCAACAAUAGCUGUAGUGUCGUCAGCAAUAUUCCCAUUGUUUACCGAGAAUUUCGACUUCAGAACUCUUGGAGACCUUGUUGGAGGGAUUCUUGGGUUCAAUGCCUACAACCUCAAGAUAAUGUGCUGUAGGCAGGGAGAUGUGGACGUGUUUGGAGGGGUGGAACAUCUCAGUAUUGAGAGGAUGAAUGGAUUCUAUAGUAGAGAGAUUAUUACAUUGUAUGAUUACUUUAAGUUUAAUGAAGAUGUCAGGGAAGGCAAGGCUGUCGACUUACUCAGGUUCAAAUGCCAUAAUUCUGGGGAUCUUAGAAACUUUGUACAGGUGGAGAGUAACUUUUUCUUCGACAUCCCUGAUGUGGAAUUCCAUGAGCCUAUAUCGAAUACGGUUAUUGGGUGUGACUUAAAGUUUAAGAUGAACCACUUCAUCAAGAACUCUGUUGUUGGACACGGGUGUUUUAUUGGAGGGAACAUAGAUAGAUGCAUUAUAUGGGAUGAUGUUUCGAUAAAGGAAGACUUUAUGGAUCACAUAGUCUUCUCUGAAGGAAGAGUUGUUCAUUACAACCACCUAGAAGAGGAGAUUGAUGAGGAUUUGGGUGAGGAACAAGAGCACAAGAGAGGGACAUCGUUCUUUGAUGAUGUGGUGGCAUAUCUUUUGUCCAUAGUUGAACGAGAGGAUUUGGAUAAGGUGGAUAUGGACGAUGUGGUGAAGCAAAUAACUCUUCUUAGAAUAGUGCGGAAUGCCUCUGACCUUGAUCUUAUAGAGGCAUUUUCGAUGUUCCUAGUGGAAAUGAUAGACUUUAAUGAUAUAGAUGGAUCAACAAUAAGAGCUUCUAUGUUUUUCUCUAUUCUCGAUGGUCACAUGAGAGAAACUGAAAAGCAAGAAAUGCUUAUGGACUUUAUUGUGCAAGGGCUUGGAGAAUGCCCACCAAAGAUCAGGAUGGAUAUAGUCUUCAAGUACGGUUAUUUAUUGGUUGAGGAUGGAAUCAUCUCCCGUUCUGUCUUCAAGAGAUACAAUUCGAUCCUGAAGAAAUGGGUUAACCCUAUUGCUAGUUAA